UGGCGAGAAGCGAGUGCGGCUAGUCGGAGUGUCGGAGUCGGACGCCUGUUGAGUGUUGUGCCGUUCGAGUUGCAGUUACCUCCACUGGUUUCAGUCCAAUUGCGAUCGGCCUUUUUUCGAUUUCGACCGAUCGUUCGUUGCAUCUCGCCAACAUGGUGGCCGGAGGAAAAAUGAUGAAUGUGCGGGUCACGACGAUGGACGCGGAACUCGAGUUCGCGAUCCAGCAGACGACGACCGGCAAACAGCUGUUCGACCAGGUGGUCAAGACGAUCGGCCUGCGCGAGGUCUGGUUCUUUGGUCUGCAGUACACGGACAGCAAGGGCGACCUCACCUGGAUCAAGCUGUACAAGAAGGUCAUGGGCCAAGACGUGAAGAAAGAGAAUCCGCUGCAGUUCAAAUUCCGUGCCAAAUUCUACCCGGAAGACGUGCAAGAGGAAAUCAUCCAGGACAUUACUCUGAGAUUAUUCUACCUGCAAGUGAAAAACGCCAUCCUGUCUGACGAAAUUUACUGCCCUCCUGAAACGUCGGUUCUUCUGGCCUCGUACGCCGUCCAAGCGAGACACGGAGACUUUGACAAGUCCAAGCACAGUGCCGGAUUCCUCGCCAAUGACCGGCUCCUUCCCCAGAGAGUCAUGGACCAGCAUAAAAUGUCACGAGAGGAAUGGGACCAGAGCGUCACGACCUGGUGGAACGAACACAAGGGCAUGCUCAGAGAGGACGCGAUGAUGGAGUACCUGAAGAUCGCGCAGGACCUUGAGAUGUACGGCGUCAACUACUUCGAGAUCCGCAACAAAAAGAACACGGAGCUGUGGUUGGGAGUGGACGCUUUGGGGCUGAACAUCUACGAGAAGGACGACAAGCUGACGCCCAAGAUCGGCUUCCCGUGGUCUGAGAUCCGCAACAUUUCCUUCUCGGACCGCAAGUUCAUCAUCAAGCCGAUCGACAAGAAGGCGCCCGACUUUGUCUUCUUCGCGUCGCGCGUGCGCAUCAACAAGCGCAUCCUGGCCCUGUGCAUGGGCAACCACGAGCUGUAUAUGCGCCGCCGCAAGCCGGACACCAUCGACGUCCAGCAGAUGAAGGCCCAGUCGCGCGAGGAGCGCAUGGCCAAGCAGCAGCAGCGCGAGAAGCUCCAGAUGGAAAUCGCUGCCCGCGAGAGAGCUGAGCGCAAGCAGCAGGAAUACGAGGACAAGCUGCGCACCAUGCAGGAGGAGAUGGAAAAGCGGCAGAGCGAGCUGACCGAGGCCCAGGAGAUGAUCCGCAGACUCGAGGAGCAGCUGCGUCAGCUCCAGGAGGCCAAGGACCAGCUCGAGAAGCGCCAGAACGAGCUCCAGGCCAUGAUGAUCCGGCUGGAGGAGAGCAAGGAGAUGGAGGCGGCGGAGCGCGCCAAGCUCGAGGAGGAGAUUAUGAUGAAGCAGGAGGAGGUGUCGCGAAUCCAGACCGAGGUGGAGGUCAAGGACGAGGAGACCAGAAGACUCCAGCAGGAGGUCGAGGACGCGCGACAGCGGCAGGAGGAGGCUAAGCUGGCCCUGCUGGCCGUGACCACGACGCCGCAGCACCACCACGUGGCCGAGAACGACGAUGAGAACGACGAGAUCCCGAACGGAGACGUCAGCCGCGACCUCGGCACUCACGAAGGCAUCAUUGACCCCGUCGAGGACAGACGCACCCUCGCCGAGAGGAACGAACGCCUCCACUCACAACUCAAGGCGUUGAAGCAAGACUUGGCGCAGACGCGAGACGAGACGAAGGAGACUCACAUGGACAAGAUCCACCGGGAGAACGUGAGGCAGGGCCGCGACAAGUACAAGACGCUGCGCGAGAUCCGCAAGGGCAACACCAAGCGCCGCGUCGACCAGUUCGAGAACAUGUAAACACACACACACCCACGCUUGGUGCUCUGAGACACACACACACACACACAGCAGAAGAUUUGCAACAACACACACACACACACACAUUUAUCUUUCCUACAGAGAUGCCUUAUUGGAUUUUGAUCAUGUAUGACGCAAAUGAUGAUUGAUUGAGAUGAAAUAACCACACGCACACUCGAGACUGGAAUUUUUUUAGGAUCGAAGUGUUCGAAGCCGCCGACUGAUGGCGACACCGUAUAAUUUUGAUUUAUUUAAGGCCAUCCGAAUUUAGUUCAUUUAUUUGUUUUCAUACAACGCGUAUGAUAAACUUGUCCAAAAAACGUCUUUAAGACGUCCAAACUAUUGUCUAAAUCGAAAUUAUACGGAGGAUUCAAACACUGCAGGCGAAUUUGGAUAAAGAGAAAAUUGGGUGUGCGUGUGCGCCUGUGUGCGUGCGCUCAGCUUAACUCGGGUCAGGCUUCCCCCUUCUUCGCUAUUUAUGCUAGAUAAUAAGUUUGCAAAUUGUUAGCGGUCUUUUGUAUUAUACUCGCUAUUUCUUUCCCGUUCUACUCUACUGCCGAAGCUCCGGACUUGAAUUUGCUCUGUCCAGAAAAUAAUAAUGCAUUUAUUUCUCAGCCGAGAGUAAAUAUCGUCUUCGCGCUUCGGCCUAAUCGAAAAAUUGAUCGUGCGACAUUCCGUGCGCCAGAGCAGUAUUUUUGCGUUUGCUUGUUCUCAAAAAAGGGAGGCUUCUUCAUAAUCUUUAUUUUACAAGUGUAAGCAACGACUUUGAUGAUGUUACUCACUGUUAUGCACCUGGGGAAGGCGAAAUUUAAAGAAAACUGCUUCCGAAAUAAAAACACAAACUAACUGAUGGUUCCUUCCUCUCGACGACGACAAAGAAUGAAAAAUAAUUGUUACACUUUUGUACGUUUGUGCUAGCAAUAAUAUUAUACAGAAAGUAAAUUUGGUAUUUUCGAGCGUUGACCGCAAACGUGUGAAUCGCGCCACUUGUGCCAAGAUUCGUUCCGUCUCCUUCCCUUUUUGAAUAUCACGCCCAACAUUUUGUAAUUGACCUAAAAUCAGUUCAGCUUUACCAAGAUUUGAUGAAUCAUAGUUAUUGUCGGUUACUGUGCAUAUUUUUACAUGAGAGAAAUAAAAGUGCAUUAUCAAAA